CUAACAUGAGCUCCUCGGCGUACGCGGCCGGCUAUGGCCAACCGGAAGAGGAAGUCUUUUACUCCACCUACGAACCAACGCCAGAAGAAAUUACGGAAUACGCUAUGAAAAUUGGUAUCGAUCCUGAUAAGGAAGCCAAUCUAGUCUAUCUCGCACGCCAAGGACUAUUACACCCGUUGCCCGAACACUGGAAACCGUGCUACAGCAAGCAGGUAAAAGCUUACUACUACUACGAUCGAAUCUCGAAAAAAUCUCAGUGGGAGCAUCCGAUCGACGUGCUGUACCGCGCCAAGGUAGCCGACGCCAGGAAAGCGACAUCAUUGGAUAGGUCCGACUCUGCCUCACUCGGUGACUCCGGGUUCCGUAGCCUAAAAUCGGCACACGAUAAAUGUGACACGUCAGUGGUGGGUCCCAGUAGUAAGUCCGGCAAUCUGGCAGGAUCCAACGAACCUGCAAAAGUAGAUGAUAGUGCUGCGACCAAGCAGGGAGCACAGGUACAAUCACUGGGGCCGACACAAUCGGCACCAACGUCACAGUACAACGAGGAGGUAGAUGACGACGAAAGUGACUCCAACAAGGAGAACAAUAGUCAGGAAGGAAUCGCAAGCGGCGCUACCGGUGCAACAGGAGGUGGUGAUGUCAUGGCGCUCUCGACAAAACUGUCGUUCAACGUGGGCGCAAGUGUGCGGGAUCGGGCCGCCGAUGGUACCGCUGGACUGCCGCAGAUUCUGGGCAGCAAGUUCGGGCGGAUACAGGGUUUCACCCUGUCCGGCACUGGCUCGCAAUUUCUAAAGUCCAACAAAAAACCUGAGUUCGGCAGUCUGGAACUGGUUAGCCGUAAACCGGAGUCGGAAGUGAAGGGAAUACUGCGGGACUCGAGCUUGACGUACAUGCGCAACAAAACCACUCCGAACGAAGACUCGGGGUCGGACGAGAGGAAAAGUGUGCGAUUCGAUAUAGACUUGAAUGCUGAGCUGAAGACCACCAUGAUAGAGACGGUUCCAGACGACUCGCUGAUCUACUUCGACGAGGUUGAAGAAGUGGGCGACAACAAGUUGGCCGGGAAGGGGCCCAAGGAAGAUGGAGAAGGGAAUGGCGAUGACGAUGACGACGAUGGCGACGAUGAUGAUAAUGAGGAAGAUGAUGACGAGGGUGAUAGUGAUAAUGAUGUUUACGAGGCGAUCGUUGGCGACCAAGAAGAGGACCUGGGCGGCAUUGUGAAACAGCUGAAACAGACGAUUGAACGUGAACGAGCCCAGUACCAGGCAAAUCUAGAAGAGGAGCUAAACUCGUUGGCCACUCUCGAGAAGGCCAACAUACAGAACGAGCUAUCGAAAGAGCGCCGACGCUACGACGAGCUGCUGGUGCAGGAAAAACAACACCUGGCGCAGCAGCACCAGGACAACCUGGCGGAAAUCAAGGAGUUCUACCAGGCCAAACUGAACGAGAUGAAGAAAGAUAAAGAAGAGGACACGACCAAGGAGUACGAAGCGUAUCGGGUCACGCUGCAGGAGGAGUUUGACCGGAAGGUGAAGGCAGUAACCGAGGAGCACCGGGCGACGAUGGCGACGCUGCAGAAGAACCACGACGAAAUCGUCGAAGAGCUAGAGCGGGACCUCAAGAUGGAGGAGGAGUUGCUGAAGAAGGAGCAAGGGAGGAAUCUGACGGAGAUGAAGAUCAAAUUGAACCACGAGCUCGAGGUGGAGCGGCAGCGAAUGCGCGAAACGGGCGAAGAUCGCCUUUACGAGAAGGUGCGCUGUGAGAAGCGCCUUCUGGAGGACAAGUACAAGUGCUUAAAGGAGAAGUACACCCGGCUGAAGACGGACGUGCGCAUUUCGCUCGAGAGGCGCAAGAAGCGUCGCGAGCAGCAACAGCAGCAAUCGCCAUCGCAACUGCCACAUCAGCACAACCACCAACAUAGUCUGCUCAGCAACAGCUACGAAACGGACGACCGGACGACUUCGAAGCCGCUGCCACCGUCGUACCCUCCGUACGGAAAGCCCGCUUCGUCAUCCGGGAUGCUGGCGUCGGAGAUAUCCUCCAUCAGCAUGCCAUCGCCAUCGGCAGCCUAUAAACGCUUUCCGCACAAAGGUAGCGCUGGCCACGCGGAGAUCAACAAGAGCAACAAAAUGCUCUGUUUCACCGCCGGCGGCGAGUCCCAAAAGGCCAACAACAAUCACACCAACCAUAACAACAAUAACGUAAACAACAAUAAUCAUAAAAAUCGCGGCACCACCAACAACAACACGGACGCCACGAGCCACAGCGAAACGACGCAGUCCAAGAGCUACUUUCAGUUGCGUAACAUCUUUGCGAGUGUACAGCGCGAGGACAACUUCAGCUCGGAUUCCGAGUUCGACCGUAACCACGCGCAAAUGGCGGUGGCCGACUGCAGUAGCACCACUAGCCAGAGUGUUGUGGCCGUAAGCCGCCAGAAGCGCAAGAUUUUCACCAAAACCAAAUCCGCCUCCACGUCGAAGUUGAACUCCACCAGGCACGAGCGAGACGCUAGGCCGUGUACGCCCGUGGAAAACCUGCGGAUUCAGUUGAAGAAACUGGAGGAAUUGGAAGACCAGAUACCGGAGUGUAACAUUGACGCACCAUACCAUCUGCGGUACCCGUUCAUUAGUGAGCAUGUUGGCAAUCACGGGGACGCCAAUGGUGGUGCCACCGGCACUCCUAAAGGGCAAGGGGUCGGUUAUGGCAGUAGCAGCGAGAUGGAGUUCUUCAAGCAUCGCAUUCUUCUCGAGCGUGACUCUGUCCAGCGCGCGAAGGAGUCUCUGCGAACGCAGAAGAACAUCUUCAAGUCCAAACAGCACGACAUAUCGAUGAAAUAUACGAUGCAAACCAGCCACGCUAUAGAGCAGAUCUUCGGAGAGGAGAAAGAACUCAUUGAAAUGGAGGUGUCGUUGCACCGUACACGGGCCCUUCUGGGUGAGAAAGUUAUCCGCUUGCGCCAUCUUGAGCGAUCUCUGCAAAAAAUGGCUGAAAAAGACGUCGGACCAUCGAACCGUGCGGACCAGCUCGAUCGACCGCCCAAGCCGAAGGAAACACUUAGUGACCUAUCAUCCUACUCGAAUUCAGGCUUCAGUAGCACGGACCUACCGCUCACCGAGCACUGUAAUGCCAGGCAGAACGAAGCCUUGCUGUACUUGGAACAUUUGCACUCAGAGAUACAAGAAAUCUGGUGUUUGCUAAAUCCGGCCAUUGCAUCGCCGGACAGUAAGUUCGAUAUGCUGAAUUUCGUCAACAUUACCAACACGCCAGGCACCAAACACUCUACCACCGAGACAGUACUACCGCUGAAGUCGGUUGCGCCGGCUGGCAUUAUUGGGCCAACCGGCGGGCAACAGACGGUGGCGGACCACGAGCAACCACAUCAAUAUACGGCUAAUCUGCUGGACAAAAUCCGGGAUCUCAAGAACUGGUUACGACAGGCCAAAAAUGAGAAUGAAAUCAUCAACAAGCAAACGUUCGACUGAACAGUGCGCCGUGAUGUCGCCAUCUCUUGGGCGUAGUUUUACUUGGAUAACCAUUCUUAGAAACUUUUUUAAAUACGGCUUAGUCGCCGAAUUAUUUCAGACAAACUACUUCCGAGUGCAAAGACAGUAAAAGAAUACGCAUGUCCAAACAUCUUUUAAUGUCGCUGGAAGCGUGCUGGACAGGAAGAGAGUAGAGAAAGUUAAAGUUUUACUAGAUAAGGUUUUAGAAUAGCUUUCGUUUAAGUGAAGCAUACAAUGGACAACCAUUUUAUAUUUUAUUGAGUGAUUGGUUGAAUCACCAAAGUACUGUGGGUUGUUUUGUAUGUUACACUUCACGUUUUUCUUGAUGUUCUUUUUGUAUGGUUUCGUGAACAUCGUCCAAUCGUCUCUUGAAUGGUUGUGCCAAUAAGUAUACUUACGUUUUAGUUAUACUAGCCCGGCUGUUAUCGCAGUUAGUUAGUGAGCAGAGGAAAAGCAGUUUCCCCUACGUAUCGACAUGGACUGACAUAUUAAGCAUUUUCGGUCACUUGUUCUUUAGUCUCCCUUUUUGAUAGCGUUUUUCAAUCAAUUUCUCGAACAAGCAGAAGCAUAGUCAAAUUGGUCAUUCAAUUCUGCUAUUGUCAAAUGGGAUCAUAAUAUAAUAUUACGGAGAU